AUGAAAACAGAAGUUCUACAAAUAAGAUGGCAUUACGAUGCUAAUGACGACCACACGCCGAUUUAUUCUGUCGAUUUCCAAAAAAAUGGAAAUAAUAGAUUUGCUACAUGCGGAGGGGACAGUAAAAUAAGGAUUUGGAAAUAUACAUGCGAUUAUGAAAGUAUGAACCCGAAAAUUGAAUUUCUAUCUACACUAAGUCGACAUGCACAAGCCGUGAAUGUUGCUCGAUUUAGUCCACAAGGAGACAUAUUAGCGACAGCUGGAGACGAGGGUACUAUCUUUCUUUGGGUUCCAUCUUCUACUCCAGCAGCUACGCUGGCAGAUGAUGCCGAAGAGCUUGCGCUUGCAAAAGAAUUUUGGAAAGUAAAAACUGUAUGUCGUUCUAUGGGUGCAGAAGUUUAUGAUAUUUGCUGGUCUCCGGAUGGAAAUUAUUUAAUUGCAGGUGCAAUGGACAAUAGUACACGGAUAUACAAUACGCAAACAGGGCAGUUAUUGUUUCAGAACUUCGACCACCUUCAUUAUGUUCAGGGUGUAGCUUGGGAUCCUCUGAAGGAAUAUGUGGUGACUCAAAGCAGCGAUCGGUCAAUAUGUGUUUAUAAAUUUGAAAAACAAAUAAGAGACUCCUCACUUCCUCAGUUAAAUUUCAAGUCACGAAUCCAUCGCAUAGAAUACUUGAAUACUCAUAAUUCAAAGUCAUCUUCUAUUACGACACAACAAACCAGCGAUAUCGAAGUGGAUAAUGUUCAAGACAACAAUUCCAAAGACGAAGCUUAUAGCUUGGACCCUGAUCCUCAGACAAAUGCGAAUUUAGAUGCUGUAUCUGAAAGUGGCACGGAAAAUGCAUCUAAAAUUACUUAUUCUUUAUACUGUAAUGAAACGCUUGUUUCAUUUUUUCGUCGCCCAACAUUUUCUCCAGAUGGCUUUCUAUUGAUUACUCCAGCUGGUAAGCUUCGAUUACACGGUCAGCCGAAUACUGAAUCAAUACAUACCGUGUACAUAUAUACCAGGUCAAGCAUUCUAAGGCAACCUGUAGCUUCUCUAACUGGAUUCCCAAAGCCAGCAAUUGCUGUGCGUUUUUCUCCUAAAAUAUAUGAACUAAGACAAGUCUCGAAGCAUAGUCCGCCGUCUUCAUGCAUUGAACUCCCCUAUCGGAUGAUUUUUGCAAUUGCUUGCCAAGAUGCCGUUUAUAUUUAUGAUACCCAAUCCUGCAAACCAUUUUAUAGAGCUGCAAACCUUCAUUACUCUACCCUAACUGAUCUGGCCUGGAGUGAUGACGGUACCGUUCUCUUAAUGACUUCUAUAGAUGGGUUUUGUUCUAGCAUAAAAUUCACACAUGAAGAGUUAGGAAAUCUUUACGAGCAACAACUUGCUGUUCCGGCGAAGGAAACAACACCAGCUGUAACCGUUUCGAUCCCUGCCAAACCCGAAAAGGAAUCCAAGUCUUCCAAAGAAUCUAAAGUGAAGGAAAAUGAUCCUUCCCAACCUCAGAAAAAGAGAAUUGCGCCUACUCCCCUAUAUCCCCAAAACUAA